AUGGCUGACAUCAAAGAAAAAGUGGAGAUGGCCAUUUUCUGGAAUAUUGGUAGAGGCAAUGUCUCCUUUUGGUAUGAUCAAUGGACUUCUCUAGGUCCUCUCUAUAAACUACUACCAACGGGGACUGUCCCCAAUAGGAGUGUCAUUAGAGAUGCCUUUAACGGUCAAAACUGGUACUGGAAUGCUUGUGGGGAUGUACCUGAUAACAUCAAAGAUCACAUUCUUCAUAUGAAUCUCAAAUUCUAUGAUGAAGAGGAUAAACCAUGCUGGAUGAAAACAAACUCAGGCAGCUUUUCAACAGGACGUGCAUGGAAUUUCUUGAGGUCACCUAGAAGGGAGGUUCCUUUUAUGAGCAAAUUGUGGAACAAGUCCAUACCUUUCAAAAUGUCCUUCUUUGUGUGGAGAAUUCUUAAAAGGAAAGUCCCAACCGAGGAUAUUAUUAACAGAGCUCAUACUAAUGAUACUUCUAACUGUGUCUGUUGCAGGAUAGCGCAACCUGAAACUUUAAAUCAUAUUUUUCUUGACGGACCACUUGCGGCUGCUGUAUGGAACCACUUUGGUUGCCAAGUUGGCAUUCCUAGCCAUUUCAAUUCCUUGCAGCUUGCCCUUGAUACUUGGUGGAAUUCAAGACCUUCUAAUCCUGUUAUUGCUUUUCUCUUCAAAAUUUGCCCUAUAAUCAUUACUUGGUUUUUGUGGAAAACAAGAUGCAGUGGUAAAUAUGGCAGUAAAAAACCUUUCUUGCCCAGAAUUUUCCAUCCAAUCUCCCAAAAUAUUUUAAACGUAGUAAGACUUCAGUUUCUUAAUUUUAAAUAUGACCUAUCUUGGAUGGAACUAACUUGCCUUCUUGAGAAAAAAAUGGCUUUUAAAGUGUGCAGGACAGUCUUCUGGAAGAGACCAGCCAUCAACUUUCUCAAAAUUAAUAGCGAUGGAAGUCACAAGGAUGGAUCCAGUGGUGGAGGAGGUGUGUUCAGAGACUCUCAAGGGAAGAUGAUCAUGGCAUACUCCAUCCCAUUUGACGAGGUUUCCAGCAAUGUGGCCGAAGCCAAAGCCCUUCUUUUUGGCAUCUAUUGGAGCAUUCAAAAUGGGAUAAAUUCAUUGGAAUUGGAAACUGAUUCCAUGAUCCUUGCAGCAUGGGUUAAAGAUGUAUUCAAGAUCCCUUGGCAAGUUGACGCAACCAUCAAGGAAAUUAAAAGAGCUUUGAUUGGCACUUCUUGA